UUCAAUGAAGUAGGUGGUGGAGAUUCAUUCAAAUUGGACCAAGUACUAACGUAUGCUUGCCCACUCCUAAUGCCACCCCUAGUGAGUAGGCAAUGAUAGGAUUUUUAUGGAGUCAAACCACCUAGAUCCCAACAAGAGGGGCACAAAAAUCUACCACCCCACAAGCUGAAGCAGAAAUGUUCAGCUGAGGCAUGUUAUGAUGUCCAAAAGGCCACAACAAUCACAAGCUACACGUGUUUGUGAUAAGCCUACUAAGAUUGCUAAGUCUUGACAGAAGGGCAUGCCACCAAUCAUUGAUAAUGGUCAUGGGGGCAUAUCUAACCAAACACAACAUGAGAGAACCACACAAAAAUUUCAUUGGAGGUUUUGGGGUGGAUCGAGACUUAGGAGCCACUGUCACGCUUAUGGCGUUAAAGAAGCGCUUAUUGGGAGGCAACCCAACCACUAAGGUUUGCAUUUCUUUUCACUUUGCUUUGGUUCCCCAGUAAAUAAUUCAACUUUUGGGAGCUUACGGUGUUUUGGGACGUUACCUUGCUCUUUUGAAUUACAUCCGACCUCCCAAGUCCCUCCACCAUUAUUCACACCUAAUUCAGUAACUUCGUUCUACCCUUCUUAUCUUUUCUCCAUCGAAGACAAUGUCGUGCUUAAGUGUGUGGGUGGGGGGGGGGGGUGUAUUGCAUGAUAUAUGAUUAUAUGUUGUGUGUGUGAAUGAGUGGUGUGAAUUAGUGGUUGGCCUAUUCUAUGAAUGAUUUGGAGCCUUAAUGAGUGCCCAAAUUUCAAAAAUUUGAGGGCUUUGAGCACAAGUGUGUGAAUGAAUUAACUGGCCAAGCACCAGGUAAUCAAAGGAGAAAAAGGUCGCCCAUUCACCUGGCCAAACGCCACGCGAGUUAUUCUCCAGAUUGAGUUUAAACCAACCAUCAUGAUCGGACCCAAAGAAUUGUUGCCUAGCUUGCAUCGGCAGAAUCCUCUCCCAAACCUUUUUGAUUGUCUCGCAAUCCCUAAGACAAUGCAGAUUUGUUUCGAUUUCCUCCUUGCAAACCUUACCUUUUUGAAUAUGCAUUUUAACUUCUUCAACCCCUGAUCCAUAUCAGCCAUGCAAAAUGUGAGACAUGACCCUUUGUUGAAAUUCCAUCAGUUCCUUUUGUUCAUGAAACCUUAUUUUGAACUCAAAACCUAAAAUAAAUAUGCUAAUCUCUAGUUUGGUGUUGUGUUUUUGUCUUUGUUUAUCCUCAAUUAUUGAAGCUUGGUUGAUAAUUAAGUUGGUUGGACUUGGAUCCAUAAAACUUAAAAAUGGUGUGCUGAUAAUAAGAGGGGAUGGCUGGUUGGAGCAAGAGAUACAGUUUAAUUCAUGAGAGCCAGCCAAUGAGUCACCAUCACCAGGAGCUUAAGCUUCCAUGGAUAACUGAAUUUGAAGGUUCUGCUGUAUAUAUUUUGGGCCAGUGUGCGCUUCUUGGUUUUGCGUUUACUGCACAGUGGAAAAGCUCUUUUAGUAGGGAUAUAUCAUAUAUGUGUUGUUUUACAUAGAAGCGAGUUUGGUUUUGUGAUUGAGAACAAUAAAUUUCAACUAAAAUAGCAAAAAUCAGUCUGUCUUUAGAAGGUCGGAGUGUGUAUACAAUUUAUGAAACAUUGUAGAAGAAAUAAUAAAAAUAAUUCUUUUAUGGAUCAUCUCGAUGAAUCAAUUGCAAUACGAGACAAUUUGGUCAACUGUUUCAUUUUACAAAAUGAGUAAUUAAAACAAGUCAAUUUGAAUUAUCUGCACUAGCCUAAGACAAUUGUAAUUGCUUCAAAACAAAUCAAUUCGAAAUUUUCCAGGCCAAAUUGCUUCAUCCAAAUUUUAUGUUGUGAAACUAGUCAAUCUGACUCAAUUAUCUCAAGCAAUUGUCCUGGACAUGUCUGUGGCGGGUUGAAAACAUGUCAUGUACAUGUUUGGGAUGAGUUGAGAACAUGCCUGAAACAAGUCAGGUACGGAUUUAGAACAUUUUUGAAGAUGUUCAGGACGAGUUCUCCACAUGUUUAGGGUAUUUCUGGGAUAGGUUCUCAACAUGUCUCGGGUAUUUCCUGCAUCUCCUGACAUAUUUCGUACAGGUUUUUGACAAGUCCCAACAUGUAUAGAAUAGGUUUCCUACAUGUCCUGUGCAUACAUGGGACGGGUUAUGUCGUGGCUAUGUUUGGGAUUGGAUUUCGACAUAUUUCGUACAUAAUUUGGCUAAUUUUUUGUUAAAAUUAUCUCUACAUUUUAAUGUUAUUUUUUAUUUAUUAGGAAACAACUUUAUUUUCCGUUAUGAAAAUUAUAUCUUAAAUUGCCAUGAGCAAUGUAGUAAAAAAACGCGUCUUAAAACGCAUGUUUUGUAAUUUCUGCUAGGCAAAAUGCUUAAGUUUCUAUAUAAAACGUAUUAUGAGCAAAAAUAUUAAAAAAACGGUAAGAGAAGGUAAAAUCGGUCAAAAAUGCGUUUUUAUCUGUUUUUGUAUGUUUCUGUUUGAAAGAAUUUCAACCAGUCUAGCUACUCAGGUGGCCGUCUAUGCGCUCUUCCGUAGCCAGUCUAGCUCGUUGUUGUCUCCUGAGCUGGCGACAGGUGCGAUCAAUCUCUGGAUUCAACGGCAGUAAACCUCCUGACUGGCUACGGGUCAUGCACUACCUGCACACACUCAAGCAAGCAAACCCGUGAAGGCACAAGUGGGACAAAGCAAAAAGAAAAGCUAAAUUAACAGAAAUCACUUUUCUUCAACAACCUAGCCGUUCCCCGGAAACGGCGCCAAAAACUUGACUCACUUCUACUGUCACCCUAGGAAUUGGCCAAGUGAAACCACUUCCUAAAGCGUAGUAUAGCGGGUUUAGGUUUAAUUAUCAACCCGGGUCCUAGAUUUGAUGACUACUCAGUGAAUUCUUGUUAUCUAGCAAUGAAACUUUAAUGCAAGUCUAAGCUAACAAACUAACAAAGCAAGUAAACUGUUGUAUUCAGGUUAAGAGAGGUCACCCGGAUAUGGUUCCCCCUAGACUGCAGUUAAGCCGAAUUGUAAUUACCAAGUUCAGUUUCUAUGAUAGUUAUACUGCGGAAGGUUCUUAAACAGCCUGAAGUCUCGACUAAAGGUCUUCAGACCCUCUCAAUCUGAGUCUCUAGCGGGCGACUAACCUCCACCGGAGUAAACAGAUUGAGGCCUUAACAAACAAAACCUCCACUACCGGAGUAAAUCCGGUACAGAAUAGUGAGUUGGCUCCUCGACUAAAGUCACCAACUCCCUACCUUCAAUCAAGGAUGCUCUAUCAACCUAGGCAGAUAUUCUCAUUCUAGGUUAAAGCAGAAACAACAGGAAUUUGAUCAGGAUUCAAGUCAUUCAAUCAUUCAAACCUCAAUCGAAUAUAAUCAAAUCAUAGAAUCAGUACUUGGGUUCAUACAAUCAAACCUAACAUACAAAUCUAGGGUUCUCCAUACCCAGAUGAAUGGGAGAACUACUCCAUGGAGAAAGAAGCAAAAGCAUAAUCAGACACGGAAUUCAUACUGUGAAGGAUGGAUUCCUGCUCCUGGACGUUGAUCGGCACUUCUCCAAGCUCAAACUGGCCUCCAAUGGUGUUGAAGAUCAAGCUAGGGCGCUUGGAGACUCUUGUUCGUCGCUUUAUCUCUCUAGGAAUCGUUCUCUCUCUCAAAAACUCGAAUCCCCUUCUCUUUGGCUGAAAAUCUGCUUAAAAAGGCAUCACUGGCCAAAGCACGGUCGAGGGCACGGCCGUGCUUUGCCUCAGCCCGCCCGUGCUUUGGCUAGUGUUAAUUACACGGCCAGUGCAUUGGGAGAAACACGGCCGUGCUUUGGAGAGAACACGGCCGUGCUUUGGGAGAACACGACCGUGCUUUCAGCCCGUGUAAUCAGCUCAUGUUUGCCAAACUCGAAUUAGCUCUCGGCAGUAAAAGCACGGCCACAGAACACGGCCGUGCUUUGGGAGAACACGGUCGUGUAAUGAAUUAGGUGUGCCCGUGUUUUGGCUCCAGCUCGACGAAAUGACUUCCGAAUGCCCCGAAACUCGUGCUUAGCCUUUCCUUUGACGCCUGGGACCUGAAAUAUGACAAAAUAGCACAACCCGGCGUAAAAUAGGCCAAAAUUACACGACUAUGCCCCUCAAACGGAUAAGAACUAGGGGUGCAAAUAUGUGCAAUUACAUCGUUAUCAAACUCCCCCACACUUAACCGUUUGCUUGUCCCCAAGCAAACCUAACUCAAACCAAUGCAACUCUCCAGACCUCUAUAGCAACAAACAACCCAGAUCUUAGGUAGAGGACUUCCUAGAUCAUUUAGCAACUUACGAGGUCAACCGACGCACAAGUCAUCUCAUAGCUUCUUCGGCGAGAGCACUAGUAUCGAGUCGGCAUCAUGGCAAAUAGUGAACAGAGGACAAAUGAAUUGUGGAUGAAGAGAUUCUCAAAAACAAAGGAUCAUGGACUCA